AUGAACGACGGUAGUGCAGACGGUCCAACACAGAGAGAAGAGAAGUCUCCAUUGAAUCAGCCUUGGUUCAAGGAAGCAUACAAAGCAGCUGUAAAAUUUUAUGAGAAGGAUGAAGUAUUAGAUUCUAGAGAUAGAGAAGAAUUGUAUGAGGCUUAUAAUUCUAUUUCAAGAGCACAAAUGUUCGGUGGUUGGCUUGGAUUUUCAAGUAUCUUUAUUCCACCUUUUGCUUAUCAAUAUUAUAAGACAAAAGAUAUUAAAGGUGUAAAAGUACCAAGAAACUUUGUUAUGGGUUUGGUUAUGCUUGCAGGUUCUUCUUUUAUUGCAAGUAACAUGGCCUAUAAGAGACAGCUGGAAAAACUCGAUCCAGAUCAUCAGUUCGGACAUAAGGGAGAUUAUGGUGAUGAUUCUUUAGAGGCCUCAUAUAAUAAUUCCUCGCAACAAGUUAAAGUACGUCAACAACGGCAAUAUGAGAUGAUGGAUCUGUUAGGAAAUGGAUCUGCUACUAAGUGGGCUGCUUAUUUUUCCAUCACUGUGAAACAUCCAGAGAGGAGAUUACCCAAUCCGAUGAUCAAAUUGCAAGAAAUUCAACAGGAAGGGUUGAAGAGAUCAUCUUAUAUGAAUCAAAGAGAUCCUAUUGGUCUUUACGAUGAUAUCCCCGAACAAAAUCCUCAGAUUACCAAUUUGUUGAGCAAAGAGGAAGAAUUACCAGUAAACCCUAAAAAUACUCAAGUUGACUCUUGGACCGGAAUUCGUGCUGAUAACAAUAUUGGUUCCUCUUGGGAUAAAGUUAGAAGAGGUUCAGGAAAAGAAACUGUCCACAAUCCAAAAGAUGAUAUUUUGGACAUAUUUGGAAACGAAAAGAAUCUAGAUGAGUCCAAUGCCGAAAUAAAAAUGAAGAAACAACCAACUGUGACCCGAACUGUGUCGCAAGACGAAUUUGAUAAACUUCUUGAAAGAGAAAGAAACAAUGACUAA